AAUAUAACCUUUUUUAUUGCCAGGCAUCCUUACACACACAGACGCCAGGCAGCCACAAAAUUGGUGAGAAGAAAUAGUUCAUAGAGUCCAAUGUCGCAAUCAAAAGAUCCUUUUGAAGCGGCAUUUGAGGAAGUAAACGAUUCACCGCCUGAAUCUCCAUCUGCCCGUGAUGAGACUGCGUCGCAAACUCUAGCACCACAACCGAACAUUAACUCUCAGAGAUAUGAUUUGGAAAACAAGAUUCAUCAUUUGGGCCAACAGAAAGCACGAUCUAAAAUGGCGUCGACAAGUACAGGUGCUCCUAGUAAUAAGAACAAAGAAGAUGAUGAUGAGGAAGAAGAGGAUAAUAUGGAUGUUGAACUUGGAAAAUUUCAUUCUAAAGGAGACCCGGAUAAAAUGGCCAAGAUGCAAUCAAUAUUAUCUCAGUUCACUGAAGAACAAAUGAGCAGGUAUGAAUCAUUCCGGAGAUCUGGAUUUCAGAAAUCUAACAUGAAAAGGUUAUUAGCCAGCAUCACCGGAAGUGCCAAAAUUUCAAUGCCAAUGACUAUUGUGGUAUCUGGAAUAGCAAAAAUUUUUGUUGGUGAACUUGUUGAAACAGCAAGGAUGGUGAUGGCUGAAAGAAAGGAGUUAGGGCCAAUUAGGCCAUGUCACAUACGCGAAGCAUACAGAAGGCUCAAACUUGAAGGCAAAAUACCUAAAAGAUCGGUGCCAAGGCUCUUUCGGUAGCACAAUGAGCUACUUGUAUAUGCAAGUUUUGAUCUUUACAUUUUUUGUCAUCGAAAUCUUCAUUUAUUUUCUGGGAUUGACGUCAUUAUGGCAAAAAAAUUUUUGGUGAUUAAACUUUACAACUGAAGCUUGAUAUAUUUUAUUUUAUUUUA